GCUCGGGUGACGUCGGCAUGACGUAUUUAUGAAAAAUGGCGGCUAUGCGCAGCAGUGAGUUCGGCGACUUGGUUCAAAUUAAAAAGCAACUUAUUUCUAUUAUAGCGCAGUGUAAGGAAAGAGGACUCGUGCACAGUGUGAAAUGGGCUUCAGAACUGUCUGUUUCUUUGGAUGCGCUUCCUCUGAACGAGAUCCCUGCAGCGCCGGAGCUCACCGAGGAGGACGCCCGAGAUUUGGAUGCCCUGUGUCUGGCCAAAUCACACUUUGAGCUGAAGGAAUAUGAUCGAGCUGCGUAUUUUCUCCGCGGCUGCCGGAGUCAGAAAGCAUAUUUUCUCUACAUGUAUUCCCGCUACCUAUCAGGCGAAAAGAAGAAAGACGACGAGACCGUUGACAGCCUGGGUCCUCUGGAGAAGGGGCAGGUCCGAAACGAAGCCCUGCGAGAGCUCAGGGUGGAGCUGAGCAAGAAACACAGCGCCGGAGAGCUGGACGGGUUUGGGCUCUAUCUUUAUGGGGUGGUUCUGCGGAAGCUGGAUUUGCUGAAGGAGGCGGUGGAGAUCUUUGUGGCGGCGACACAUGCUCUGCCUCUGCACUGGGGAUCCUGGCUGGAGCUCUGCAAUCUCAUCACCAACAUCGAAAUGCUGAAGUCCCUGUCUCUGCCGGAGUGCUGGGUGAGGGAUUUCUUCAUGGCACACAUGUUCACCGAGCUGCAGAUGAUCAAAGAGGCGCUGCAGAAAUACCAGAGCCUCAUGGAAGCAGGCUUCGCCAAAAGCACAUACAUCAUCUCCCAGAUCGCCGUGGCUUACCAUAACAUACGAGGUGAGGGAUAUCUGCAGAAACGUGUGUUUUGUUGUCCGCUCACAGGUAACUACUACAGUCUGCGGUCUCAGCACGAGAAGGCCGCUCUGUAUUUCCAGCGGGCUCUGAAGCUGAAUCCACGCUGUCUGGGGGCCUGGACCCUCAUGGGUCACGAGUACAUGGAGAUGAAGAACACCUCCGCUGCCAUCCAGGCCUACAGGCAUGCAAUUGAAGUGAACAAACGAGACUACCGGGCCUGGUACGGACUCGGACAGACCUACGAGAUCCUCAAGAUGCCCUUCUACUCGCUCUACUACUACAGGAAAGCUCAUCAUCUGAGGCCUAAUGACUCGCGAAUGCUCGUCGCUCUCGGGGAAUGUUACGAGAAGCUGUCUCAGCAAGUGGAGGCCAAGAAGUGUUACUGGAGGGCGUAUUCGGUCGGAGAUGUGGAGAGAAUGGCUCUUCUGAAACUGGCCAAGCUUCACGAGCAGCUGAAUGAAUCUGAUGACGCUGCACAAUGCUACAUCAUCUACAUCCAGGACAUUUUCUCAUGUGGUGAGCAGCUGGAGCACGCCGAGGUCAGCACCGCUCUCAGGUAUCUGGGUCAGUACUACUUCAAGAACAAGCUGUACGACGAGGCGUCUCUCUGCGCUCAGCGCUGCUGCGAUUAUAACGACGCACGAGAGGAAGGCAAGGCUUUGUUGAGGCAGAUCUCUGCGGUGCGAGAGCAAGGAGAGCCUUCAUCCACAGACCUGUCUUUACCCAGCGUCUUCAACCCACUGAUCAACACCACCACACCCGUCAGGAGAGCGUCUCCACUCGACCUGUCCUCCGGCACACCCUGACACAACUGUUUGUACAGACAAAGGUGCCUGUUAUAUCAAAUAAACUGAUCAAACACUGACAGUAGAGUGUUUUAUUACAAAAUGCACCCAUAUUAUACAGUAACAAACAUCUCUAACCACAGCAACCUUCCCAAAGGCAUGCAAAAUGUGCAAAAGAGGAGCCAAAGCAAGAAUGUAGUGCCACUUACAAACACGCCAAACACCUGCAUGCGUAUUUGGUGACAAUAACACCGAAUUCUUACUCAUUCUCAAACGUUUUGAAACCGUUAAAGCAGCAACCAUGAAAGAGUUUAAUGAAUAAGUUCUGUUCAGCUUUACAUAUAACAUAUUUGGAAGACAAUCGGAAUGUAGGUUACUAUUUGGAAUCAAUGCUUCUAUCUUGCUUAGUUUUGAUUUGGUUUGCAAAUGUAAAACAGCAUGCAGGGAGAAUAAAACAGGUAAUAGCCUUUGCUCUUCAAAUGAGUUUCACAAUAGAAACACAAUUUAAAAACUCCCAUCA